UUGUUUAAAGACCAAGAAGCGAUUAGUUCCUCUUAAGUGAUUAAAAUUAAUUUGCGGCAAUGGCGAGAAUUCUAAUAUUAUCCAAUCCACGCUCCGGAUCGUCACUACUCCAAGAUCUUCUGAAUUGUCACGGCGAAGUGGAAAUUGUUGAAGAAUUGUUAAACGAUGAAUUUGGUCUGAUUGAAAAUCCAUUAGAACACGUGAGAUCGAUCCUUGGUCAGCUUCAUAAAACGAUUGUCGGUUUCAAAGUCUUUCCCGAGCAAAUUUAUAAACGAAAUUUGAGAUUUUCCGACUUGGUUGCUGCUACUGCUGUCAGUCAUAUUAUCGUAUUGUGGCGAGAGGACAUGCUUGAAGGAUACUGUUCUCGAUGCAUUGCUGGUUCGAGUGGAGAAUGGUAUACGAUGGAGAGAAGCAGCGAAACUCGAAAAAUUAGAGUUGACGAAAAGGACUUGAGGCAAUACGUUGCUCAAAUAAAAUCGGAUUGGGUAAAAAUUGGAGAAGAUUGGCCGGAGGGAGUACGACCCAUCUACAUAAAAUUUGAAGACUUGAUUGUGCAACCUGAACAAGAAGUGAAGCGCGUGCUUGCCGAACUAGCAUGCAAUUCGGAACAUGUUUUCUUCAAAAACACUUCCGAGAGACAGAAUCCGGCUCCGAUUCACGAAAAAGUUACCAAUUACACGGAGUUGCGUCCGGUACUUCGCGAUGAAAAGUUGGAUGUGAAGGAGAUACUUCGAAACGUUAUCGACAACCACUCAAUCCGUAUGCCUCAUUUGAACGUGAUCAACAAUGCAUUUAUUCCUGACGAAGAACCAUCUAUGCCAGCCAUAGGAUGGAAAUAUUCCGUUGCCAAACCCUACUUGCCGACAUUAGCAAUGCAAAAUGCUUUUGACGCCCUGCAAUCUGGCAGCAUUUCGUCGGCAGGUUAUUGGCCAAAGCAACUGUCGGCUCGGCUGCGAAGUUUGUUCCGUUGUCCUGUUGCUCAGCCCUGUUCAAACGGAUUUACUGCUUUGAUGCUUGCAAUGCAGGCUGCAAACAUUGGCGAGGGUGACGAAGUGAUUGUCCCCACAAUGACCAUGGUUGCUGUUCCCAAUGCUGUUCGGUAUUUAAAGGGAACGCCCGUUUUUGCUGAUAAUGCUGAGGAUUGUUACAACCCGAUGUGGCCAGACUAUGAGAAACACGCCACUUCCAAGACAAAGGCUGUGAUUGUCACGCACACGUACGGAGUACCGGCGUCAGAUAUUGAAGUGAUACAAAAGAAUUGUAAAUUACGAGGCUGGAUCCUCAUUGAAGACAUCAGCGAAUGUGUUGGUGUUAUGUGCACCACAUCCGACGGAUGCCAACGCUUACUGGGAACCUUUGGAGACUACAGCAUAUCAAGUCUCUAUGCAAACAAAAUAGUUCAUGGUGGCGAUGGUGGAUUUGUGAUUGCAAAAGACGCCAACAUUGGUAAACGAUUGGCUAGCAUUGUAAACCAUGGCUUCACACCCAGAUUUCAUUUUGUACACUUCGAACAAUCCCUUAACGCAAAAAUUCAUGGAAUUGGAGCUGCUAUAGCAUCGGGAUGCUUCGAUGAAUUAGAAAUCAUUAUGAAGCAUCGGUCACAGUUGUCAAAGUGGUACCGCCGGAAUUUAUGCGAACUGCCCGUUAAAUUGAUGCCACAAUGUGGUGCAGACGACACUCCGUGGGUAUUUGCAGUCCAAUGCGUAACUAAAUCGGAGAGAACUGCUCUGAGGAAGUUUAUGGCCGAACAUGGAAUAGAAACCAGAGAUUUUUUCUUCAACCUUCAUUUACAACCGGCUUAUCUUCCGGAGGGAGGAUCGCCUCCAUCUCUUCCGAAUGCUGAAAAUCUAGGUUCGACCGGUUUCUAUCUGCCUACUCACAGCAACUUAACAGAGGAGGAUGUCCAGUAUAUCUGCGGCUGCAUGAAACUCUACUUUGCUAACGGUGCGAUCAAACAAGAUUGUGACUGGCCUUUGAUUCCAGCUAAAAAAUCCCCGAAAGCCUGUGUGCAAGUCGAGCCGAAUGGAUUUUCUCUGUUUGUUCGUACAUAUCGGGACACGGGACAUAUUAUCAACAUCAUCACUAGACAUGUCUAUAUCUGCGCUGUAAGACUGGGAAUAGAAGCAGAGAACGUCUUACUGCAUGAGACUUUUGACAGUGUCAAACUUCUACUGAACAAUAUAAAGGAGUGCAUAUCAGCAGCGGACGGCUACCAGUUGCAAAAGGAAAUGGAGAAGUUUUUCCUUCCGUACGUAGCCUACUAUGAAUGUCAACGCAUACUCGAACAACCGUUGAAACGGCCCUGGCUUUCCAUUGACUUAACCGACAGCACUCAACACCAUACUUCCCAACGAAUUCCCACAACGACAGAUAAGGAAACACUCCAACUACUUGUGUGGAUUCUACAUCAUCUGCAGCCGGAAGUAAUUUGGGAGAUUGGCAGUUGGAUGGGACACGCCACAGUUCUUAUGUCCGAAGUGUGUUCUCACUUGAAAAUCGACCACAAGAUUUUUGCUUGUGAUGCAUUUAGGUGGCAGUGUUGGAUGGAUGAAUAUUUUCCGAAAAGCACCAAAUAUGUUAACGAUAGUAGAAGCUUCCUGGAAGUAUUUCAAACAAACAUCAGCCUAUUUUCACGACACAUUCAACCUGUAAUAUGGCCGUAUGAAAUAGCUGAAUUACCGAGUGAACUGAAAGACCACAGGCCACAAUUGGUAUUUCUUGACAUCACACAAGAAGAUAGAGAUCUGGAGCACAUUUGGUCGUUAAUUGAAUCAACUCUGAUUCCGAACGAAACGGUUGUGUUGUUCAAUGGGUUAACGAAGAGUUCCAUCCCAUUUUUUACAAGACACUGCGACCAGCUAGUACCAUUCUUGAAGCCUCAUUCGAAAGCAAAAGCGUUUCGGUACGUGGGCGAUACAAAAACGUCGAAAGUGCCGAAAACCUACGAAGACGUCGAAAAAGUGAUGCAGGAAGCGGUUCCAAUGAAACGAAAUUUAAAAUUUUACAAAAGUCCUGCUUGGGAUCAUCACCACAACGAUCUAUUUUGCAAAUCAAUCGAAGUGCUCAAACAGCAUCUCCACUCGGACCAAGAAGAUAUCGUAUUUUUUCCAGCCGUUGAAGAGGCACUGUGCGACGAUAUUGAUCGAUUUUUCGGAAACGCAUGGAUUGGAAUCAUUCAUGGACCGGAACAUUAUCCUGAGCUAUUCUACACACCUGACUUGAGGCGUUUGUGUACGAAUCCCAAAUACAUCGCAGCACUGAAGAACUGCAAAGGUCUGUUCACACUUACCUCAUUCCAGGCUGGCUACCUGAAAGAGAAUCUACCAGAUUGUCUGCACAAAUUUCCCAUUCAAAAAAUUCACUAUCCAAUCGAUAUACACCAAGCCUACAGCGGUGGAAGUUGUGUGCCCCAGCUAAUAGAUAACGAGGAGAGAAUAGAUGUAAUUCACAUUGGAAGUUAUGCGCGAGAUGUUCAAUUUUUCUUCCGACUUUCACUUCCUUCGAAAUACCGAAAGGUGCUUCUCGUUGGCGAAGAAGAUGGUGAGACGAUUGCACAAAACGCUCCGUCAGAUGUUACUGUACUACAGAGACUCUCUGGAGAUGAAUACGAAGCGAAGUUAAAACGGUCAGUGGUGCUGUUGACAUUAAAGUAUGGAGGCGCAGCCAAUACUCUACUACUGGAGUGUAUUGCACGUAAUAUUCCCAUACUAUGUCCCAAUAUGUCAUCUUGUACGGACUACUUGGGCUCAGAAUAUCCAUUACUGUACGAGCCAUCAAAGCCUGACGAAAUAGUGUCUCUUUUGAGUCGCGACAGUAUAGUAGACGCAAUUGCGUUUCUGGAACGGAUGGAUAAGACCAGACUCAGUCUGGAGAAAUUUAUCAGCGAUGUGAAGAACGGUGCAGUCCUGCUAUCGCUUCCACCUAAUCCCCGUACAGCCAUCAUUUCUGCAUCGGUUUAUGAUGAUCCACUGACGCAUCUCGCUGAAAGAAGCGGCAGAACUUUCAAAACGUACGAUGUUACAAUUUGCAUCUGCUCCUACAAACGAACGCACAACCUUGCAGCGCUACUGGACUCCUUAUGGAAUGCACAACAUUUCGAUGGUUCCUUCGAAAUCAUAAUCUGGAACAACAACGCAAAUCGUGUGGAGAUCGUAAUGAACGAGACGAGGAAAUACGUUGAACGAACAACCGAUGUAAAGUCUAUGGUGGUGAUAAAUUCGUCGGACAAUUAUUAUUGCUCGAUUCGAUUCUCUCUGCCGCCGUUGCUAAAAAGCAAUUGCGUUCUGAUUUGUGACGACGACAUUAUUCCAGGCUCUAAUUUCAUUAGCUUUUUCUACGCUGCACAUCUUCGUCACCCGAGAGACGUUCUGUGCGUACGAGGCCACACGUUUUUGCCUCACGAUUUAAAGUUAGAAAAUCCGAAAGACGUUUGGAUGAACUACGACAAUUUGAAAUUUAAGGACGAUAAUCAGCCGGAACAACUCAUUCACUUCGUGCACGCUGAUGCGUGUCUUAUUCCGAAAGAAGCGUUACAGGAAGUUUCAUCCGUGUCCAUGCCUGAUCCGACAUUCGCAUUGGUAGACGAUUACUGGAUGAGUUUCGUUUUAAGUCACAGAUUUCGUCGUACGUUAAGAAAACUGUCAGUGUCCGGCCUUGAAAUCAAUCCAAUCGGCAGGACUGAGGACUCGGAUGAGCCAGGAUUAGCACUUCAUACGCGACCGGAAGUUCAAGACGCUCGACUGCGAUUGUAUGUUCAUCAUAUGCUUCAAGGAUGGCCGAAAUGGCAAACAAUGUCGCAUGUGACUAAUAUUGACCAGAACAAGCUGAAGAACAAAAAGGAAAUGUUUUGGAGUCGACCAGCUGCGAUUGGAUACAACAUUCACAGUGAAAUAAAUGAGGCAGAAAUUUCUGACUUGGUUGGUAUGGGCGUAAAGUGCGUUCGAAUCGGUGCGGUCGGUGUUCGAGAAAAAACACAUUUCGAGCUGAGUGGUUUUCUCACGGAGCCUGUCCAACAGCUCCAACGACUGACGAACACUGUCUCUCUUUUAGAAAAGGCGUCAAUCGAUGUGGUCAUUACGUUGCAUAGAACUUUGGUGACGCCGGUUAUUUGGCGAAUGAUCGCUGAAAAGUUCGCUUCAUUUGAAAAUGUCGUCGGAUAUGAUUUAUUGAACGAACCGAUCACGGAACACGAACGCAACUUGCAUUGGGCCGAUCUGCAAUCGUCUACGAUCGAUACCAACUUGAACGCUUUCAUUCAUAAUAUGACGGAAAUAAUCCGUUCGAUACGUGAGGCGGACCAAUUUACAGCGAUUGUUCUCGAACCAACAUUCUGGGGUAGUAUCAAUGGACUGGCAAAAUUUCCCAUCGAAGAUUUUUUGAAAGUGGAUGCAAAUCUAGUUGUUUCUGUCCACUUUUACGACCCGAUGACGCUCACAUUCCGAUCGAAAAACAAUGGUCGAUAUGCCUUUCCAUCGUCACUGCCAUGGUAUCAAGACAUUCCAUACAGCGAAGAAACUUACUGGGACGAAGCGACCGUUUUCGAGCAUUUACAGAAGGCAAAAUUAUGGGAAACAGAGAAAGGUGUUCGUUUGUUCGUUGGGGAGUUUGGAAUUUGUAGAGAGAUAGAUGGCGCUGCCGAGUAUUUGAAGGCGGUUAUUAAUUCGUGUCAUAAAUUGAAUAUGACUGGUCUACUGUUCAGCUACAGGGAUCCGAACUGGGAUGCUAUGGACUAUGAAUUCGGUACGAAUGCUAAAAAUUUUCAAAGAACUACAAUGGGCCCAACAACUGGACACGAUAAUCCGUUGAUUGACGUUAUUUCAGAAGGAAUCGCAGUUGGAAAAUGAAGAAAAGUAUUUAAGCUUACUGGAAACGUCAGUGAAAUUUAGGCAUGGAUUUCCAUCAGCUAUUUUCAGCUGGUUAUCAGUGGACAAACAAAACUGCUCAUACGUCUUUAUACGGUUUUACCAUUACCACACACGUGAAUGUAACUAUUUCUCCCGUAGGAAGACGUAAAGGCACAUUUGUUUGUAUGAGUGAACCAGCUGAAAAACAGCGGAUACAAAUUUAUGCCUAAAUUUCACUGACGUCGACUGCAUUUUAUUGAUAACCAAACAUCAAUCAAUUUAAUGCACCUACCUACAUAUUCAAAUAUAUACCCACUUGCUGAUAA